ACUGCAGCGGAGGGGCGUGGCACAUAACUGAAGCUGACAUUGGAGGAGGUUUGCAGGCCGAUGAUCCUUUCCCUUCGUGAAUCAUCUGCAGCCCUACGGAAAGGUCGCUACUAAUGGCAGAGCAAGUGCUCGAGAGGGGAAGAAGUAACUAUGACUUUCUUCUACGGAGACCCUCUGCCAUUUUGGAGACCCAAUUCGAGGCAUCUAUCUUGCUGGUGGGAGCUGCUACAAGUCCUUUAGAGCUAAGGCUGGCUGUGACCAGUGCACUUCACACUGCCCUACCUGACCUGGUGUGUUCCCUGGUGCUACUGCUGGAUGUUGAGACUCAGCAACUUGCCUACUUUGAAACCAAUGACAGUCCAUUAUACAUGCCUACAUCUGGAGUAGUCUGGGACUCUGUGAGAAGGCGGAGUGCAGACACCCUUGCUGAGGCCAUUCCUUCCUCUGACCCCAUCAGAACACUCUAUCCUGCCCUGCCUCCCUCUCUGGGGGACGGACAAGUUGUUGUUGUAUUGCCAGUGUUACCUGUAAAAGGUCAUCAAAUUGUCGCCGUUAUGCUUGCUGUGUGCAGUAAACUUCAACCACCUCAUGAAGGAAAGCUUCAGUGGCUAAAGAAAAAUGUCCUGGUGGCCAGUCAGAGGGUGAUGAAAAAUGCUGUGGCCGAGAAGGAGAGGAGGAGAGCAGAAGGGAUGCUGCGAGUCUGUGGUGACCUCAUUGACCUUGACAGCUCCAUCCUCUUGCUCAAAAUACACAAGCAUCUGAAGUCUAUUCUAGAUGCCAAGGCAAGCAUGGUGUUGAUUGUGGAUGAAGUAACUAAUGAGUUGAUUUGUCAGACAUUUGAUGAUGUGGCACUGGAUACCCCAUUCACCCUCCCAAUGGCAGAGACUCUGUAUGGUCGCUGUGUGGAGUCCGGUCAGAACAUCCUCAUUGACAACGUAGCAGAGGAUAUGCGGUACAACCCUGCUGUUGACACCGUUAACAACUAUGAGCCGUCCUCCAUGAUAUGCAUGCCAGUCCAAGUACAGAGAGAGGGCCACUCUGCUCCCAAAACUAUCGCUGUGGCUGUUGUCUUUGACAAGACUGUGGAGAAGGGCGGAAAGUUCACAAGUAGGGAUGUGGAGAACAUGGGUUUUGUGCUGCGGUUCAGCUCCACCUUGCUGGCCAACACUCUGGCCUACCAGAGGGAGAUGCUGCUUCGGAAACACAACGUGGCUCUUCUUGAGAUGGCACGCAAUCUCUUCAGCUCCGUCAGUGACCAGGAUAAACUCCUGAGAGCUGUGAUGAACGAGGCAAAGAAACUCACCAAUGCUGAAAGGUGUUCAGUGUUUCUACUGGAUCUCCAGGGACAUGAACUUGUGGCGUCUGUGUUUGAUGGGGCAGUGCCAGCACAGUCACCGUUUAGAAUAGCAGUUGGUCAAGGCAUUGCUGGAUUUGUAGCUAAAACAGGAGAGAUAGUCAACAUCAAAAAUGCAUACAAGCACCCAAAGUUCUUCAAGGAAAUUGACAUGAGUACUGGAUUCCACACAAGGAACAUUCUCUGCUUCCCGAUCAAAAACAACACUGGAGAUGUGGUAGGAGUUGCUGAGUUGUGCAACAAAGUUGGAGGGAACUUUUUCACCAAAUAUGACCAGGAAUUGGCAGCAACCUUCUCAGUAUACUGCGGAAUCAGUCUUUACCAUGCGGGUACACUAUAGACCGCAAACUUGAGAUAACACCAGUAACCAACAGCAAGCUCUCCACUGAUUCCUCAUGUUGUACCACAUGCAGGUUCCGACUUGGCUAUAGGGUGUCGACAGAGGAGUUUGAAAAAUUGGCCACCAAAGACAUUGUGGAAUGUACUGAGUUCAGCGAAGCCAUUGCAACCUUUACCUACACACCCCGAUCAUCCCUGAUGCAAGAACUGCAGAGGCAGUGAUUAGCAUGUGUUCUGCUAUGGGCCUAACUCGACGGUGGAAACUACAACCAAGCACACUUGCCAAGUUCGUUCUGAUGGUUAAACGUAGUUACCGGGACCCACCCUAUCAUAAUUGGUACCACGCCCUCUCUGUGGCCCACUUUUGCUACGUGCUCCACCAGCGCUGUGACAACCUCUCCUUCCUGACAGACCUGGAGGUCCUGGCUCUCUUCUUCUCCUGCCUCUGCCACGACAUUGACCACAGAGGAACCAAUAACUCCUUCCAGAUAUCCUCUAAAUCUGUUCUAGCAUCUCUGUACAGUUCUGAAGGCUCAGUUAUGGAGCGCCAUCAUUUUUCACA